GGGGUGCGGGCUGGAGGUCUCGCUCCCUUGGGGGUGAGGAGGGCGUGGGGGCGCCUGGAGCCGCCUGAGCCUGGGAGACGUGAGAGGAGGCCACGGAAGGGGCGCGGCGUUGGGGGUUGGGGGAGGCUCGGUGGUCCUUGCGAAGUUGGCGCCCACGCGCGCCGAGGCUGGUCUCGAACGCGGGCACUUGCGCCGGGCGCCGCCAGCAACCAAAGAAGGCCCCGAGUUCCAGGUCGCGCGGUUCCGGCCCUGGCGGCCGCCCCCUUCCUUCCUGGGCUCUGGCGAGUGCAGGGGAGAGGGUGAAACAGAAACUUGUGGACCUCCGGGAGCAGUUCGCGGAGCCACCGGGAGCGUCGUCCUGGCCCGGCACCCAGACUCCCCCGCCCCCAACCCCUCCCCGAGCCGGAAUCCCGUCGGUGAACGCGAUUGGGUGCUUUUAUUUAUUUUUUCCUUGCAUUUUCGAAAACUGUCUUAAUGUGACUGUCCCCCUUCUUAAGGGGAAGUUGAAGAGAAGGGGCGGGGGGGGGGGAGCGAGAGGUGUGUUCUGGGAGAGACGUUGCCUUGUGUGUGAAUUACACAUUUCCGGAGCACCCUGCAGAUUAUAUUGGCCUCUCUUUCCCAAAGUCACUGAUUCAACUUCGACGAACUUCUCGUAAAAGGCAACGUUGAAGUGGCGGUGGAUGAGAGGCGGGCAAGCAAACUCAGGCACCAGUACAGCCAGUUGGAGCUCCAGUGAAACGCACGCUUAGCCCCAGAAGCACGUCUGAAUUUUGAAUGUAGCCUUGGAUAGUUUAUGGAGGCACCUGGUUAGUUUCCCAGUUGUCCGGCCCCUGUCCCAUGCACCCUGGGUCUUCCUACCCGGGAUGAAGCAGUUGUGUAGGAUGAAUUUGGUUACUGCCCUGAUUGACUGCGUUUACUCAACUUAAGCUCACUCUUUCCCGCGCCAGUGCUUUCAAAGAGGAAGAUUUGUCAGUCUCAGUAUCUGACAGCGAAGCUAGCUACCCCUUAGCUAGAAAUCGGUAAAUGUAAAUUAGAUUCCUAUUCUGUGAGGCCACUAACGUUAAUAAUACCAUUACUGUACUAUCCAGAAUUAGUGCUCAAGAAUUUGACUUUCGGCACCAAGGCAAAAAUUGCCUUGGGUAAAGAGUCUCUGGUAUGACCUGCCCUCCCCCGGCGUGUGCAGCCUCCCUGGUUUGGGAAGAAUAUUGGCCUAAAGGCUGGGUUAUAAGGCAUCAAACCCUGCCUGUUUCCCUGGAUUUAGGACACAGGACACACUAACUAGAAGAAUUGCUUUUAAAUCUUAAGGACUACAAGUUGUGAAUUCAAAGUGUCAGUUGAUUGUCUAGUUCAAGUGGCAUUUUGGUGGGAACAGUUCCUGUUUAAAAAGACCAUUGUGCAGUGGUGUGUUUAGGCCAGUGGUUAAAAAGCCACUUUUGAUGCCUGCAUCCCGUUUCUGACUGGGUUUGAGACCUGCUCCCACUUCCAAUUCUGACUUCUCGCUGAGGCACAAUGUGGGAGGCAGCAGGUGAGGCUCAAAUAGUGCUGUCCCUGCCACCCAUGUGGGAAACCCAUACGGAGCUCUGGGCUCCUGGCUUUGACUAGGCCCCACCCUGUUACAGGCUUAUGAGUAGUGAACCAGCAUUUGGAAGAUCUUUUUGUCUUUGUGUCUCUGCCUUUGAAAUAAAAUGAAAUAAGUUUUUUAAAUAAAGAGUUUACUUGAUUUUUAAAAAAUUUAUUUAUUUCAAAGAUUAUUUAUUUGAAAGGUAGAGUUUACAGAGAGGGGGAGAAAGGAAGAGAGAUCCUCCAUCCGCUGAUCACUCCUCAGAUGGCACCAACACCGGAGCUGGGCUGGUCCAGUGUAAAGCCAGAAACCAGGAGCUUCUUCAGGAUCUUGCACAUGGGUAGUAGGCGCCGAAGCACUUGGGCCAUCUCAUGCUGCUUUCCCAGGACAUUUAGUAAGGAGCUGGAUUGGAACCAGGGCAGGUGGGAUACAAAGCAGGAUGGAUGCCGGUGUUGUAAACAGUGGCUUUACCCACUGGGCACAACGCCGACCCAAAAAAAGUUUUUAAGAAGGCAUUUGUCCAGUAGUGAAAUGGUAUUCUUUGUAAAUUACUUGUUACUUGAGCUUAUCAUUAGAAUACUGAUUUUUAACGGGAUCUGGUGAUUUAAAGUAAUCUUUAAUGUUUUUGUAAGAAAGAUCACUGUCUACUAUAACAAAUACAUUUUUGUGAGACGUUCUGUAAGUUACUCAUACAUGGAGUCCCAGCCAAACACUCUCUCUAAAUUGGUUUGGUAACAUAAUUUUUUGUUGGACAAGGCUAGAGAUUGUCUAAAGUAAUAUGACCAAGGGAAAUGGGAAGGACUUUAAAGUUUGAGGUAUACCUGAAAAUAAACAUUCCUGAAAGUUCUUGACUGAAGUGGUGGGAGACACAUGUUAUGAGCCUUUAUGAACUCUCUAAAAUCUGGUUUGUCAGCCACAUAAUUUAACUCCCAAUUGCAUUAACACAGUGUGUUGAACAUUUAAGAGUUUUAAUUCUCUUCAUAUGCUGUAUUGUGAAAGAGUAUCUUUUAAUACAUUUUGGCACUGUUUCUGUUUUCAUAUACUUAGCUAGUUUAUGAAUGGUAAAGAAGGAAGGACUGUGCCAUACUGUUUGUUUAUUUUCCAAGAAGUUCUUUGAGGGCAGAAACAGUUUUGGAAGCAGCACGUUUUAAGCUGUAACAAAACUGAUGGGGCCUUUGAACUUGUGUGUCCUUAGAUUUAGUGAUUUGCUCAAGUCAUUAGAUUCUUGGUUUCUUUGAGAAUAUGAAAGUCUAGCUAAUAAUAUUAACUUGUUUAUUUAAUACUUGCCUUCUGAAAAUAAAAAGAAUGGUCUUUAUCCUGAUCCUGGGAAAUGAAGUGGGCAUUUCUGUAAUGUGCUUUUAGAACAAGGGUUAUGCAGAGGUCUGUAGAUCUCCAAGAGUCUAUAAAUGGAUUGCACAGGAUUCCUGAAGCCCCUGUAUUUGUGAUCAAAACUUUUUGUGCAUACAUGUAUCUUCUCAGAAGAGGUUCUAUGGUUGUGUUACAAAAGAGGUAAAGGAAAUUAGAGACACAUCCUUUUAUGCAAUACAAUGGAAGUUAGAAUAAAUAGUCCUAAAUAUAAAAAGUUAUUUAAAAUAGGAAAAGAUUGGUUGUGUGCUCAGAACUUGCUUUUCAAAGUUGCCUUCAGCCUACUCAUGCAAUUUUGGAGUGCAAAAGCGCGUGCGUUUUGUUCCCUCAGCAAAACGUUGCAUGUCAGUUGAUAAGCCAUACACAUACAUAAAGGGCACACCUGCUGCCCUGCUUAGUCCUGAGUGCACUGUGGCUGGUUUUUUUUUUUUUUUGUCUGUUUUUAGAUUUAUUUAUUUGAAAGGCAGACGGACAGAGAGAAACAGGGAUGGAGAGAGAUUGAUUGAUUGAUUUCAUCUGCUGUUUGACUCCCCAGAUGGCUACAACAGCCGCAGCUGAGCCAGGCCAAAGCUAGGAGCCUGGAACUCCGUCUUGCUCUUGCGCACAGGUGGCAGGGGUCCAGGUAGUCAUGCCAUCUUCCACUGCUUUCCCAGGUGUGUUAGCAGCUAACUGAAUCAAAAGGGGAGCACUGGGAUUCCAGCUGGCACUCACAUGAGAUGCCAGUGGCGCAAGAGACAGCUUAAGGUUUAACCAGCAGUGCCACAAUGCUGGCCCCUGUUUUUGUUUUUGUUUUUAAUUACAUCUAAAAGUUCAGACCACGUAGAAUGAAUGAUGGUAAAUGAACAGAGUUGAGCUGGAUACCAGCCCUUGGAAUAAAUAAUUCAUUUUGCUCCACUCUGGCAAAUUUGACUGAGAGACAAUGAUUCUAAGAAAAUGUAUUUGUGCUUUGGCAGGAUGGAAGAACUUGGUAUGUAGAAAACACAAUUUCUGAGUUCAAACACUUAAAUUCAAAUCUGGGUUCUCAUAUCACGUUAGCUACUUAACCUGCCUGACGCUGUAGUUACUCAUCUUGAUAAUUCCUACCUAGUUAAGGUGUUAAGCUACUGGGUCAAAAUUUCCUGUAUAAAACUCUGACCCCCUCUGUUGGCCCAUGGAAAAGAUUGAAUAAGCCAGGUUAAGACAGUCAUUAAUUAAUGUCUCAGCAAACAUGUAUAUUCAUGCUAUGUCAUAAUGAUGUACAUUAUUUCAAAAUAGAUAUGGUGAAGAUGGUGACACAAUGUAAUUUUUAACAAAUUAUUUAUUUAUUUAUUUGAAAGGCAGAGUUAGAGAGAGAGGCAAAGACAAAGAGAUCCUCCAUCCACUGGCUACAACGGCUGGAGCAGGGCCAAAUCUGAAGCCAGGCGCUUCCUCCAUGUCUCCUAUGUGGGUGCAGGGGCCCAACUACUUAGGCCAUCUUCCGCUGCCUUCCCAGGCACAUUAUCAGGGAGCUGGAUCGGAAUUGGAGCAGCCAGCUCUCAAACUGCUGCCCAUAUGUGAUCCUGGUGCUUCAGGCCACAGCUCUACCUGUAGUGUUGGCCUUCUUAAUGCAAUUUGUAAAAGAUUUUCAAAAAUAGCUUAGAGGUGGGCUGGUUAAGAUGCCUGUGUCCCACAUUGGAGUACCUGGGCUUAGUGUCCAGUUCCAGCUCUUGACUCCAGCUUGCUGUUUUUGCAGACCCUUGGAGGCAUCAGUGAUGACUGAAGUGCUUUGGGUGUCUGCCACCUACGUGAAAGACCUGUAUUAAGUUCCCAGCUCCCGGCUUCAGCCUGGCUCAGUGUAGAUCUAGUUGUUGUGCUCAUUUGGGGAACUCUGUCUCUCAAAUAAAUAAAUAAUCUUUUUUAAGAAGUGACUUAGGAUUCAGUGGUUCUUGUAAAUAUUUAGAGGAAAUUGAAAAAAUAGUGCAUUUGGCAAAGCAGAAGACAUGAAUGUUGGGCAGGAAGAAACAAUAGCCACUGGCCAGCAUCAUAGCUCUCUAUUGGGAAGAUUCCUUUUGACAUUUGCUCUUCACAGAUACUUUAAAUAAAAAAUUCAAAUUUAAAAGUGCAUGCACGGCCAGCGCCGUGGCUCACUAGGCUAAUCCUCUGCCUGUGGCACCAGCACACCGGGUUCUAGUCCCGGUCGGGGCGCCGGAUUCUGUCCCGGUUGCUCCUCUUCCAGUCCAGCUCUCUGCUGUGGCCCGGGAGUGCAGUGGAGGAUGGCCCAAGUCCUUGGGCCCUGCCCCGGCAUGGGAGCCAGGAGAAGCUCCUGGCUUCGGAUCAGCGCGGUGUGCCGGCCACAGCCGCCACUGAGGGGUGAACCAACGGCAAAGGAAGACCUUUGUCUCUCUCUCUCUCUCUCUCCACUCUGCCUAUCAAAAAAAAAAAAAAAAAAAAAAAAAAGGUACAUGCAGUUUCCAGGGCAUCCUCCCAGAGUAUGCUUCAUUACUCCCUCUUUUUGGGACCCUCAUUAAGUUCCCCAGAAGUUCCUGAAUGGAAGUUGUACCUGUAACUUUGGAACCAGCAGAUAGAGGAUCUCUCUCUGUCUCUUCCUUUGCCCUCUAUGACUCUACCUCUUUAAAAAAAUAAAUCUGAAAGUGAUGAAGAAACAGCAUUAUGAGUCCAAAGUGUAAAAUGCAUGAACAAAAUACUUAAAAUAAUCAUGGCCGUAAGAAUAAGCUUGUAGGCCGGCGCUGCGGCUCACUAGGCUAAUCCUCCGCCUUGCGGCGCCGGCACACCGGGUUCUAGUCCCGGUCGGGGCGCCGGAUUCUGUCCCGGUUGCCCCUCUUCCAGGCCAGCUCUCUCCUGUGGCCAGGGAGUGCGGUGGAGGAUGGCCCAGGUGCUUGGGCCCUGCACCCGAUGGGAGACCAGGAUAAGUACCUGGCUCCUGCCAUCGGAUCAGCGCGGUGCGCCGGCCACGGCGGCCAUUGGAGGGUGAACCAACGGCAAAGGAAGACCUUUCUCUGUCUCUCUCUCUCACUGUCCACUCUCCUGUCAAAAAAAUAAAUAAAUAAAUAAAUAAGCUUGUUCUUCUGUUUGUUUUUUUUUUCCCUUUCCACUUAUUUGUAGUGAGCAUUUACACCUUUUGCUUUGGAUUUGGUAAUAGUUAUGACAAAGUUUUUAAACUUGAACCUGGGUUUGGCCAUCCAUAUCCUGAGCUCACUGGUUGUGUUCACUUUGGGCCAGUCAGCCUUUCUGAAUGUGGGUCAGAUAACCAUUAAAUGGAAUAGUAAAUGCAGGAAACUACCAAGUCUCAGGCUUAGGUUUGUAGUAAGUGUUCAGAAGGUGGUAGUCUUUUUUUUUUUUUUUUUUUGUAAUUAAUUAAUUUAUUUGAAGGAUUGGGUGAGAGAGGGAGCUCAUAUAUCAACAGUAGUUGGGCUAGAUCAGGCUGAAACCUGGAGCCAGAAACUAUAGUUGGGUUUCUCAAGCCAGUGGCAAAAACCCAAGUACUUGGUCCGUGAUAUGCUGCUUCCCAGGCUCAUUAAGCAGGAAGCUGGAAUUGGAAGCAGAGCCAGUACUGCAACUGGAGAGACUCUGAUAUGGAAUAAGAGUGUUCUGAGCAGCAUCUUAACCACUGCGUCAGGUGCUCACUCCUCAGUCUCAUCUUUAGAAGAAGAUAUCACUCAUACUUUUCAGAGAUUUAUCCUCAGCCCCUUACAGACCUGGUACCAUCCUACUUGCUUUCUUUCUUUUUUAAGAUUUAUUGUAUAUAUUUGUAAGAGUUAGAGAGAGAGGUAAAGUCAGAGACAGAGGUCUUCUAUCUGAUGGUUCACUCCCAGAUGGCCGCAAUGGCCGGAGCUGUGCUGAUCUGAAGCCAGGAGCCAGGAGUUUCUUCCGGGUCUCCCACAUGGGUGCAGGAGCCCAAGGACUUGGGCCAUCUCCUGCUGCCUUCCCAGGCUAUAGCAGAGAGCUGGAUAGGAAGAGGAGCAGCCGGGACUAGAACCGGCGCCCAUAUGGGAUGCCAGCACUUCAGGCCAGGGCGUUAACCUGCUGCACCACAGCACUGGCCCCCACCAUCCUACUUUCAACUCAGAAAAAACUUUAACAUCUUCUAGUUACCACAGGCACCUAGUAGACCUGUUGACAAUUAUUGCUAUUUUUUAAAGAUUUGUUUGUUUAUUUGAAAGAGUUACAGAGAGAGAGGCAAAGACAGAUCUUCUAUCCGUUGGUCCAUUCCCCAAAUAAUUGCAUUGGCCAAGGCUGGGCCAGGCUGAAGUCAGGAGCUUGGAACCCUAUCCAGGUUUUCCAUGUGGGUAGAGGGGCCCAAGCACUUGGGCCAUCUUUGGCUGCCUUCCCAGGCAAAUCAGCAGGGAGUUGGAUCAGAAGUGGAGCAGCCGGCCUUGUACUGGAGCACACAUGGGAUGCUGGCACUGUAAUGUCGGCCUGAUUAUUAACAGUGGAGUUGUAUUCUUUGUCAGGCCGGCCAGUUACCACAAAAUUUUGGAAAUGUCAAGGCCCAAAACCAACAAGCGUGCACAGAUUUGGAGCUGUGAUCCAUUAAAAAACUGUAUGAUUCUGUGGCCUAGACCAGAAAUCAGCAAGCUUUCUUUCAAGGUCCGGAUAGUAACUAACUCCUUUUUUUUUCUUUUUAAACUUUACCAGCUAUCUACAUCUCUGCUCCUUUUCAACUUUGCCAUUAAAAUGAGAAAGCAACUACAGAUAUGAAUGGGUGGAACUGUGUUCCGUUUGCACUUUGUUUAUGGGCAUCAAUAUUGAAUAAUUUUAAAUUGCACAAUAUAUUUUAUUUUCAAAACAAUUUUAAGUGUUUAAAAAUGUAGAAUCAUUCUUAGCUCAGUACAGGUAGCAACUAGAUUUGGCUUGGGAACCAUAAUUUUUUGAUUCCUUACCUAAAGAAAAUUAGGCGAGUAUUAGGCCUGUAGAUCUGGGGCAUCACUAAACAAAGGUGCACAGUUGCUUUCCACGUGGUGACUUGCUCUAAUGUGGUCCUCCAUCUCUCUGUGCAAUGCAAAUGCAGUCAGUAAGGUAUUAUUAGUCAUAGUGCAACCUUCCCUUCUUAGCACAAGUGUUAUACUGUGUCACCAGUUAAUUUUUUAGAUAUGUUCUUUGUCGAGCUUGUUGAUUGAACCUUGUCGUGUGUGAUGGUUUUGUAGCAGUUUUAGGCUCGGUGUUCCCCUUAUCCUCCUAUGCCCUGCAAGGGAAGUAAUUGAUACUGGCCCCUCAGGCUGCUCACUUAACCCUCUUACUUAAGACAGUGUGCAUCCUGGCCUACCCAUGUUUGAGUAAAUAAAGCAUACAAAGCUGCCUCUUAUGUUGGAGAUCAGCACCAGGAUUGGUGUGUACAGAGGUUGUACGUGUGUAUGCUGUGUGUAGUUGCAGGUGCUGUUUCUGAAGCUCUGAGGGCCACUUCUUUCACUUUCAUCUUUUCUCUCUCUGACCCUUCUCCUUUGGUCAUUGUGUAGGAGACAGAUCUGGUGACCCGAUAACUGCUUUAACUAAUUGGUUUGCUUUUGCCUCCUUUUCUACCUUUCAGCAUUAGCUUCUGAUUAGCCUGUUUUACAAUGAGUUUGUCCUCUUUUAGGAGUUUGACUUUUCAAAGCCACAUAAUGCUGGAAAUAAAACCACUAGAAGUUAUUGAGCAUUUUUUUAAAGAUUUAUUUAUUUUUAAAAGAUUUCAUUUAUUUGUUUGAGAGGUAGAGUUACAAACACUGAGAGGGAGAGACAGAGAGAAAUGUCUUCCUUCCAUUGGUUCACUCCCCAAAUGGCCGCAAUGGCUGGAGCUAUGCCCAUCUGAAGCCUGGAGGCAAGUGCUUCUUCUUGGUCUCCCAUGCGGGUGCAGGGGCCCAAGCACUUGGGCCAUCUUCCACUGCUUUCCUAGGCCACAGCAGAGAGCUGGAUUGGAAGAGAAGCAGCCAGGACUAGAACCGGCGCCCAUGUGGGAUGCCAGCACCAUAGGCCGAGGAUUAACCUGCACCUCAGUGCCAGCCCUAAAAGAUUUAUUUAUUUAUUUGAGAGGGAGAGGCAAAGAGAGAAAUCUUUCAUCCGCUGGUUCACACCCUAAAUGGCCACAAUGGCUGGAGCUGGGCUGAUCUGUAGCCAGAAGCCAAGAGCUUCUUUGGCGUGUCCCAUGUAGGUGCAGGGGCCCAAACACUUGGGUCAUCUUCUGUUGCUUUCCCAGGCCAUAGCAGAGAGCUGGAUAGGAAGUGGGAUGCCGGCACUGCAAACUGUAACUUCAUCUGCUGUGCCAUAGCGCUGACCCCAUAAUUGGGUAUUUUAGAAUAUUUUCCCCCUUUAAGUGAUAGUGUAUUAGGAAUAUUAAAGGCCUGAGUUAAUAUUUGAGAUAGGAGUAAGUUGUGAUCUAAAAAAUUGCUUGCCCUUUAAUUGAGAUAUGUGAUAUGUAAAAUAUGUUAGAACUCCAAACGUUUAGCAGUUGGCUUCUUUUUAGAAAGAUGAAAUUGAUACCUGUUUUUUUAUUUUUAUCUAGUUAGGGCCUCAGUUUCCUCAUCUGGGAUGAGGAAAUGGGAUUAAUACUUUUCUAAGUUCUGAAAAGUUAAAUCAGGUACACACAUUUACCAGAGUGCAGAUUUUUAUCAACAACUGGGUGAGGGGAAGAGGUGGUAGGAGGGAUAAGGGUAUAAUAGGAGCAGUAAUGAUAAUAACAAUAGUAUUAGCUGCUAAUAUCAUUCACCUUCCAGGUAUAGAUGUGAUUCCAGGCAGAACCUUGUUUUAGCUACAUGUAUCAGCCUGAAUGCUCUAAGCAGACCAAGUACCUGGACCAAGACAGCAUUAAGAAGGAGGAGCUUCCACAGUCACAGCAGAUGAAGAGUCACUGAUAAAUCAAUCAGGAUAUUUGGCCUGUCCUCCAAAGAAAAGGAGCGGAAAGAAUGUCGGAGCGGGCCGCGGAUGACGUCAGGGGAGAGCCGCGCCGCGCGGCGGCGGCGGCGGGCGGAGCAGCGGCCGCCCGGCAGCCUCAGCAGCAGCAGCAGCAGCAGCCUCCACAGCCCCAGCGGCAGCAGCCGCCGCCGCGGCGCCUACGGCCGGAGGACGGCGGCCCCGGCGCCGCCUCCACCUCGGCCGCCGCAAUGGCGACGGUUGGGGAGCGCAGGCCCCUGCCCAGUCCCGAAGCGAUGCUGGGGCAGUCGUGGAAUCUAUGGGUCGAGGCUUCCAAACUUCCAGGGAAGGACGGGACGGAAUUGGAAGAAAGUUUCAAGGAGUUUGGGAAAAAUCGCGAAGUCAUGGGGCUCUGCCGGGAAGACAUGCCAAUAUUUGGUCUCUGUCCAGCCCAUGAUGAUUUCUACUUGGUGGUGUGUAACGACUGUAAUCAGGUUGUCAAACCGCAGGCAUUUCAAUCACAUUAUGAAAGAAGACACAGUUCAUCCAAUAAGCCUUCCUUGGCUGUUCCUCCCACUUCAGUAUUUUCUUUCUUCCCUUCUCUGUCCAAAAAUAAAGGAGGCAGUGCAAGUGGAAGCAACCGUUCUUCUUCCAGUGGAGGUGUUCUUAGUGCAUCCUCAUCAAGUUCCAAGUUGUUGAAAUCACCCAAAGAGAAACUGCAGCUCAGGGGGAACACCAGGCCAAUGCAUCCCAUUCAGCAAAGUAGAGUCCCCCAUGGUAGAAUCAUGACACCCUCUGUGAAAGUGGAAAAGAUUCAUCCGAAGAUGGAUGGCACACUACUGAAACCUGCAGUGGGGCCAGCCUGUCCUGCUACUGUGAGUUCCUCAGUCAAGCCUGGCCUUAACUGCCCCUCAAUACCAAAGCCAACCUUGCCUUCACCUGGACAGAUUCUCAAUGGCAAAGGGCUUCUUGCAUCGCCUGCUCUGGAAAAGAAAUCUGAAGAUACUUCCAAUAACCGGAAAUUUUUAAAUAAGAGAUUAUCGGAAAGAGAGUUUGAUCCUGACAUCCAUUGUGGGGUCAUUGAUCUCGACACCAAGAAGCCCUGUACCCGGUCUUUAACGUGCAAGACACAUUCCUUAACCCAGCGGAGGGCUGUCCAGGGUAGAAGAAAACGAUUCGAUGUGUUAUUAGCCGAGCACAAAAACAAAACCAGGGAAAAGGAAUCGAUUCGCCAUCCGGACUCUCUGCAACCACCGCAGCCUCUCAGGGACCCGCAUCCCGCCCCUCCUAGAACGUCACAGGAGCCACACCAAAACCCUCACGGAGUGAUUCCUUCCGAAUCAAAGCCUUUCGUAGCUAGUAAACCUAAACCUCACACCCCCAGUCUUCCAAGGCCUCCAGGCUGCCCUGCUCAGCAAGGUGGGAGUGCCCCCGUUGACCCUCCUACAGUCCAUGAGUCUCCACACCCUCCCCUGCCUGCCACUGAGCCAGCUUCUCGGUUAUCCAGUGAGGAGGGCGAAGGCGAUGACAAAGAAGAGUCUGUUGAAAAACUGGACUGUCAUUAUUCAGGUCAUCAUCCUCAGCCAGCAUCUUUUUGCACAUUUGGGAGCCGGCAGAUUGGAAGAGGUUAUUACGUGUUUGACUCCAGGUGGAACCGGCUUCGCUGCGCCCUCAACCUCAUGGUGGAGAAGCAUCUGAACGCGCAGCUGUGGAAGAAAAUCCCACCAGUGCCCAACAGCAGCACGUCCCCCAUCUCCACGCGUGUUCCUCACCGGACAAACUCUGUGCCGACAUCCCAGUGCGGGGUCAGCUAUCUCGCGGCAGCCACCGUCUCUGCAGCCCCGGGUCUGCUUCCUUCCAGCUGCAUCUCCCCUAGUGGCAAAUCGGUACCAGCCCAUGGAACCACGCUGAAUGCACAACCUGCCACUUCGGGGGCCGUGGAUCCCGUGUGCAGCUUGCAGUCGAGACAGGUGUCGUCUUCCUCCUCGUCCCCUUCCACGCCCUCCGGCCUCUCCUCGGUCCCUUCCUCCCCUAUGUCCAGGAAACCUCAGAAGUUGAAAUCCAGCAAGUCUUUAAGGCCCAAGGAGUCUUCUGGUAAUAGCACUAACUGUCACAACACCAGUAGCAGUACCAGUGGCGGCUCAGGAAAGAAACGCAAAAACAUUUCCCCACUGUUAGUUCACCCUUCUUCCUCCACCUCCACCUCCUCCACCUCCUCCACCUCCUCCUCCUCCACCUCCACCUCCACCUCUUCUUCUCAUUCCAUGGAGUCGUUUAGGAAAAACUGUGUGGCUCACCCUGGGCCUCCCUACCCCUCGGCGGUAACGUCUUCUCAUAGCAUUGGCCUCAACUGUGUGACAAACAAAGCCAACUCAGUGAGCGUCCGGCACGAGCAGUCAGGGAGGGGCCCCCCCAGUGGGAGCCCCGCCGAAUCCAUCAAGAGGAUGAGUGUGAUGGUGAACAGCAGCGAUUCCACUCUUUCUCUUGGUCCGUUCAUUCACCAGUCCAACGAGCUGCCCGUCAACUCGCACGGCAGUUUUCCACACUCACACACUCCUCUAGACAAGCUCAUAGGAAAGAAGAGAAAGUGCUCCCCCGGCUCCAGCAGCGUCAGCAACAGCAGCAAGCCCACAAAGGUUGCCAAAUUGCCAGCCGUGAACAACGUCCACAUGAAACACACGAGCACCAUCCCAGGGGCGCAAGGACUGACGAACAGUUCCCUCCUGCACCAGGACAUCUCCUCACCCUGCUUACGAACAGGAAUGCCAGCAGCAGCGCCCCAGAGCCCCGAUUUAAAAUCCAAAGGCACGUCCCUGACGGCUGACAGUAUCCCUGGGAGGAAUAACCCGGACACUUUUGAGGACAAGUUACACCUCCACUCAGCACUCUGGACUCCGCGUUGCCUUUGAGUCUGUCUGCCCCGCCUCCUGUGGGCUUCAAGGGUAGCAGCCUGCGGGCUGUUGUUUCAAAGAGGAUUUCCCUGGAGCUGUGUCUGUAGCAGUGAGUACUCCUAAAGGACACUGGAUCAAGUUCAGCCACCGAAUUGCUCUUAUCAGUGUUACAGUGGUCUGGACUGCUUGCUACCAAUCUGUGAGGAGUUUCUGUUCUUGUUUUGUUUUUUAACUUAUCCGUGGAGCCACUCUUUGAGUAGAAUGGGCUGGGCAGAAGAAUGUUUUGGCAAGAGCGUUACUGUAGACUGUUCUCCCUCUUCCCUCCCACCAGUGGUUUCUUCGUCGUCGUCAUUUUUUUUUUUUUUUUAACACCACACUGUCUUCUGUAGGUCACUGCAACAGUUCGGCUCCUUCCCUGGGGACUGGAGACUUCCCAGAGGAGAGCAACCUUCUAGUGAAAGGAGCUUGGCUUUUGAUGUCUGUAGCCAUGUUCGAGGAGCAGAAUAUGGACCGUAGUGCCAGGCACCGUGACAGAACAGCCCAGCCUCUCUCGAGGAGUCUGGCCGAGGAAACUGGCCCCAGUGUCUGACUUGGAAACCAGUUUGAAGCCAUGGUUGACCAGAAACCGUCUUUGAGGCUUACUUUUCAUGGUACAAAAAGCAGUUCUGUGCGAUUAAAAAAAACACACACACACACAAAAACAAAAAAGCAAGAAAAUGCAAACUAGUUUUGAUGAUGGCAAGGCAAAUCAGGGUGGGGGUGGGCAGAUUGUUGGGAGAGGUAAAAUCAGUGUAGGUUUCAGAGAGGUGGCGUUUUCUUACCCUGGAUGUGUUGGUGUUAAGUAGUGUUAGCAGACUGGGUUGGUUGUCCUUCGCAGUCUUUUUGUUUUUUGUUUUUUGCCUUUUAAAAUGAAAUGAUGAGGACGGACUUCAGUGUUUCCGAGGCACUGUCCACGUCCCCGUGUCCCUCUCUGGAUACUGUCCCGGGGCUGAAUGUCACCUGUGCGUCAGCUGGGGUGGGAGCAGGCCCCGAGGGAAGGGGGUUGGAGAAGGUAUACGUGAGCCUCCACGGAGGUCUUAAUGUGGCGCGUGUUUAGUAUUUCUUGACAUCCAUCCCUGCUUUCUUGGGAUUCAUGCCAGCCAUCUUCCUGAGAGAGGUUUGGAACCCUCCAGGAUGUUUUUUCUAGUAUCCCACCCCCCCCCCCCAAAAAAAGAGCUUAAUACGUUCAAGUAGAAUUUUUUGAGAAGGUGUGGUUGACUUUGGAGGCUGAGCUGGGGCCUUUUUACGUGCGGUUCCACCCCCGCAGCUCCUGAACUGAGAACCAAGCACUUUCGCUCAGAAGAACACACAAGUUGCCGAACACAGGGUAGAAUUUCCAAGGCUCUGCUCGAUGCCCUGGCCACAGCCCCGACAGAGCCAGGCAGUGCAUCCUUCUUCCCCCCUCUCAUUCCUGGGUUACAAACUUCAGUUUCAGGGAAUUUCAAGUCAACAACAGGUAGAAUGAAAAAAUACUUGGUUACCAGCCUACUAAUGUGAAUUGCUAUGGGAUUAUUCUUAUUCUGUAAGAAAACAAAAACUUUAUGCAGAUACUUUAGCUAUAAAUUGAUGUAAAAUAACUGAUCUUUUUUUUUAAGGAAGGGGAGAAUAGUAUCUUGUUCAGUUAUUAUGCAAACAAUCAGUAAAUGUUUUUAAAGUGAUACAAAUAGGAGAGCUUAGUCAGGAGACAGCAUGGAUGGGCCGGGUAGGUCUAGGUAGGAAAAAUCAGCCUGGUUGUCCCAUCCCAGUUGGAGAGGAGAGAGAGGAGGUCAAGAAGGAAUCGGAACAUACCUAGUCGAUUCCUUGGUGACAAGUGCAAUGGGGUAUGGGUAGAAUUUAUUUUCAGAGCCAAGGGGACUUGAUGGUUAUAAAUAAAGUUGCUUUUAGUGAUGGAUUUUACAGACGGAUCAUGUUGUUCCGAAAGAUGUGAAUAGGAUCCACGAUAGCAAGUUGAUUCAGAAUAAUGUAGAUAUUUAGAUUAGCAAGUGUUGAUCAUUUAAUUUCUAAGACUGAGGUUUUAAUUGAAUUUCAUUAUGUCUCCCGGUAACACAACGGAGCAUCGGGAUUAGGAAAUUAGCCAUUUUGGAUUCUGCCUGCCACAAACAGACCUAUUCUAAACAGUGCUAUUAAAUUUUAGACUGUUGUUUAAAUAUUUUAUUUUCUCCUACAACUUUUUAUUAUGAUGAACAAUUAAGACCAUUUAAAACACGGGAGUACAAGUAUUUUUUUGAAUUAAAUUGCAAAAACCAAAUUUGCAGUGGUUGGGUUGUUUCUAGACAGACUUUGGUAUCAAUUUAAAACCAAGAUAAUUUUUAUAUUCUUUCCAAUAGAAUUUCAUGACAGCUUCUGCAGUUUUCUUAACCUACAAAAAAAAAAAAGUGCUGCAAUGAUGAACAAAGAAUUAUACAAAACCUACUUUUGUAUCUUUAUUUUGGAAUUUCUUGUUCUAUUAUAAAUAUGGAAGUAUCCCUAUUUCAGAAGACAUAUUUUGUUAAAAAUGAAUUGUACAUAUUUAAAUAUGUAUUUUUGCACAGGUCUUUUUUUCUGAUAUCCUGUUUUGGUACAAUUGAGAUCAUCUAGUAUUUAUUUAUUAAUUAAUAAAAGUAAAUACCUUUUUAUAAUUUGAAGUGGUUCACUGCCAAGCCAAUAGUUCUAGAACCUGCCUCCUUUACAGUUGAAGGGAUGCCUCUGUUCUGUGAAAGUCUUUGUCCCUUUUCACGUCUCGGGAGUGGAUUCAUCCGGAUGAAGUGGGCAUUUGCGUCUCCCUAGUUGCCUGAUUGCCCGAUAGACUCCAUGUAACUAAGUGACACACUGCUUUUCCUUUUGUUAGUGUUUUAUGUGUGCGUGUGUGCGUGCGUGGGUGUUGUGUGUGUGUGCAUGUGCGCUGAGCACACGUGUGUGAGUAUGCGAUGUGGUUUUAAACUAAUGGAAAAAAACUGAAAGUGCCUGAACCUAGUUUUAAGCUUAGACAGAUUCUCUUUGAAAAAGACUUGAAUGUUCAGUUGAACUUUUGGAGUUUGCUUUUCCACCUAAAUAUUGUUUCUAAAAUUUUAAGGGAGGAGUUGAAAACCACCAGUGCUGGUGAUUUUAUAAGGUGUUUUAAAGUCCAAGGCCUUUUGGGUCACAGUAAUUCAGCUGUUGAUGGAUUGCCCAGUGGCACCAAGGGUUACACAUCUCUCUGUCUGCCAGCAACUUACAUGAUGUGUCUGCUUUGUUACUCACGCAUGAAAUACAAAGUUUAAAAUAAAAUAUUUAAAUUAUUUUGUAUUCCAAAAAUCUAAUACAAAGAAGUACCUCUGAGAACAUUGAAAAAAAAAAUGUAUAAUCUGAAAAAUGUAACUUAUAAGGCAGCUGUCGUCCUGCGAGAGUUCUGUUGCCAAGGAAUUUCUUAAUGUCUCUCAUUGCGUCCUGGGUGGGGAACACGGUGGGCUUUGGAAAAUGGUCGUUAAAAGUUCUGUUUGUUGUUUAGCAGAAAAGAAUCAUUUUUACAGUUUGUGCAAAACAUUUUACAUUUUCAGAUCAUUUAAAUGAGCACUACAUACUGUCAGUGUGAAUGUAGGGCCUGGAAAGCGUUCUGCUAGGUUUCUUUGAGCUUGGGUAUAAAAGCAAUCUCCUGUGUUGAAAUGUGUGACUAGUUUGAUGAUUUGUACACGUAAAUCAAGAGCAUCUCAGCUGGACUCAUGUUGGCUGCUGUAGAGAACAAGAACAAAUGUCAAGGGAUAGAAAAUUACUUUGGAUAUUUAAAAGAGAAGAAAUAUAUAGUCUAUUUGUUUUGUAACAAGUUUCUGUAAAUAAAAUAAUUUAUACUAUUUAUAAGAAAAAGUUGUGCUUUGCUUUAUGAGAAAUUAGUUUGUGGAACAAACAUGUUACUAAACGGGCAAUAAAAUUAGGACUUGUCAAUAAAUAAGGUUGGCUGCAUGAAA